UGGCGCCAAAGCGUGUAAUACGCAGCUAAAGGGAAACAUUACUUUACAGCGAAGAUAGACAUUUAAUAAAAGCCAAGCGGAAUAGAAAGCAGUGAUUUAAAAUCAAUAAUAACAAUAAAAAAUAUAAAUACAAUUUAUUAAAUUAAUUUAAUAGCAGAGAAUAUGGCACGUCGGGAUUAUGCACAAGACAAAGAUUCCAUUCGUACAUUUCUGUGUGAGUUCUGUAAGGAUGAUGAAGACGGCAAAAAGGAUUUUGUGUAUGGACGUCAACUGGUAAAGUUAGCGCAUCGUGAACAAGUGCUUAUAACAGUAGACUUGGAUCAUAUAACAGAAUACAAUGAAUCGCUAGCUGAAGCUGUUAUAGCCAAUAGCCGACGCUAUACAGCAAUUUUCAGUGAUGUGAUAGCUGAACUAUUACCAAGUUAUAAAGAGCGUGAAGUGCAUGCAAAAGAUGCCUUAGAUGUUUACAUAGAACAUCGUUUGCUUAUGGAAGCGAGACGCAACCCCAUGGAACAACACGAUCAACGCAAUAGUUUCCCACCAGAAUUAAUGAAGCGUUUUGAAGUUGGUUUCAAGCCACUUUCCAAUGAGAAAGCGCAUUCUAUACGUGAAAUCAAAGCAGAACACAUUGGUAAAUUGGUAACUGUACGUGGUAUUGUUACUCGCUGCACAGAGGUUAAACCUAUGAUGGUUGUGGCUACUUACACUUGUGAUCGUUGCGGUGCGGAAACAUAUCAGCCAGUCAGUUCAUUAUCAUUUAUACCAGUACAAGACUGCCCAUCUGAUGAUUGUCGCGUCAACAAAGCUGGUGGCCGUUUAUUUCUGCAAACGCGUGGUUCCAAAUUUAUUAAAUUUCAAGAAGUUAAAAUACAAGAACACAGCGAUCAGGUACCCGUUGGUCAUAUACCACGCACUAUGACUAUUAUGUGUCGUGGCGAGGUAACACGUCAAGCACAGCCUGGUGAUCAUGUCUUGAUUUCUGGCUGCUUUUUGCCACUAAUACGCUCAGGUUUCAGCCAAAUUAUACAAGGUUUACUAUCUGAAACCUUUUUGCAGGCUUAUCGCAUAAUGUGCAUAAAUAAAAAUGAUGAAAUAUCCGAUAAAGAUGCUGAACUUACUGAAGACGAAUUGGCCGAACUGGGUCAGGAUGAUUUCUAUGAACGUUUAGCGACUAGUUUGGCACCUGAAAUUUACGGUCAUUUAGACGUAAAAAAAGCCUUGUUAUUGCUCCUCGUCGGUGGUGUCGACAAACGCCCAGAUGGUAUGAAAAUUCGUGGCAACAUAAACAUAUGCUUAAUGGGUGAUCCUGGUGUAGCCAAAUCACAAUUACUUGGCUAUAUAAGUCGUUUGGCUGUUCGCUCUCAAUACACCACAGGGCGUGGUUCAUCAGGUGUUGGUCUGACAGCAGCUGUCAUGAAAGAUUCAGUCACUGGUGAAAUGACACUCGAAGGUGGUGCUUUAGUUUUGGCUGACCAAGGCGUAUGCUGCAUUGACGAGUUCGACAAAAUGGCAGAUACCGAUCGUACAGCUAUUCAUGAAGUCAUGGAACAACAAACUAUUUCCAUUGCAAAAGCCGGUAUUAUGACAACGCUCAACGCACGUGUUUCCAUAUUGGCAGCGGCAAAUCCUGCAUUUGGUCGUUAUAAUCCACGUCGUACUGUCGAACAGAAUAUACAAUUGCCAGCUGCUUUAUUAUCACGUUUUGAUUUGUUAUGGCUAAUGCAGGAUAAGCCAGAUCGUGAGAAUGAUUUACGUCUGGCCAAGCACAUUACGUAUGUGCACAGUCACAGCAAACAACCACCAACGCGUGUGAAGGCCUUGGAGAUGAACUUGAUGAGACGCUAUAUAAAUCUUUGCAAGCGUAUGCAUCCAACUAUACCAGAUGAGCUGACAGAUUAUAUUGUUGAUGCUUACGUAGAAUUGAGACGAGAAGCACGUAAUCAGAAGGAUAUGACAUUCACUUCAGCUCGUAAUUUAUUGGGUAUUUUACGUUUAUCCACUGCUUUGGCACGCCUGCGUUUAUCAGAUAAAGUGGAGAAAGAUGAUGUUGCCGAAGCACUACGUUUAUUGGAAAUGUCUAAGGAUUCUUUGAACCAAAUACACGAACAUCAAACUGGACACAUACCAAACACGUCGGACAAGAUAUUUGCUGUUGUACGAGAAUUGGCCGGCUCACGGAAUACCGUCAGCAUUGCCGAUGUGAUGGAUCGCUGCGCCACCAAAGGAUUUAAACCCGACCAAGUUGACAAAUGUAUUGAAGACUACGAGCAGCUCAACGUUUGGCAAGUUAAUCAAGCGCGUACAAAAAUUACAUUCAUGUAAACCUGUUAGUUUAUGUUCUUUCAUAGCAUAUUUUUACUGUCAUUAAUAAUUCUCUUUACAUUUUUAUACAAAUAUAAUCAUUUAUAUGUUAAAUA